CCAUGUCUCACCGAUACCACUGACAGCUCCGAAAAGCGCACCCAUGCAUAGCCGACGCAGGCGGAACUCUUUUGGCUUGCUGAACAGAAAUGUGUGUGCGAAAACCGGGAGAAUCCGCGAGCUUAUCCUCUCCACGGCUGUGGAGAGAAGAGGUCGAUGUAUUUCACUGGUCAUACGAUUGUUUAUAGGCCACCAAACCUGUCAUUACGGACUUGGAUAAUAUUAGUCUAUAUCAGAAAAAAAAUUACUAAACUGUACUUAUGUAUGGUUGCUUUCUUAGAUAUAUCCGGGCUUAUGUCUAGAAGAAAUGCACAGCUUUGUGUUAAAGUCUAUUUUACCAAAUAUAAUCAGCCGUUCUUUCCCAUACUUUGUUGUAAUUUUACACACCAGGAUACAAAUUCAUCUGAAAAUUAGUUCGAAAUUGCGAUAUGACAAUUUAUUUAAUCCAAACAAUUGGGCAAAUGUCUAGCGUUACCUGAUAGCCUAAUUCGUAGCCACUAAGAGAAUUUGGCUAAAUGUACCUGGCUACUUACUGGUAUGCGCGGUUUUUAUUUUACUGAUCCUGCUUGACUGAAUCAUAAUUUACUGUCUUUAGUUUAGCCUAAUCUACCGAGUUAAUUACGACAUUUUAUGGUAGCAAAUUAGCUAAAAUUUGCUCGUCGCGUUUUUACGGACACAAUAAUUUUGAAAUACUGUGAAUUACGUUAGCUUGUUUGGUUGCCACGCAACAAAGUGUUCUUAUUCUUCAGUCCCAUUUAAUUCGUUUAUACUUGGCAACAUGAUGUUCUUACGGAUAUUUUGAUUAUAGAAAUAUUUUUUUUCAGAUAGGGUAGGCCUCGAGGAGAAAGUUGAUUGACCAGCCUAUUAAUAAUAGUAUGAUAGCUAGCCUAAGUAGGCCUAUUUGGCAAUGUUAGUUGUAGGCCUAGUUAUCUAGAUGAAGCGAACGUUAAUGUAAGUAUUGCAGCCAUAUGAUUGCAGCCUAGCUGUUACCUAUUUGUGGUUUUAUUAGGUUGCUGAUAUAUACUGCUUUCUUAUUUGUAUUAGGCAUAAUAACCUUGCUGUUUUGUUUUCAAUUUCCAGUACUUUAACUAUUAUUUUGCCAUCUUUACUUAUUGGUGCGAAAAGAUGGCCCACAAUGGAAGGACAGAAACCAGCUGUUCGUACAGGGCUCAAACAGCUGUGGGAAGGAGACGUAAUGUUAAUGGACGAAAGUCUACGAAGUCGCACGAUUCCCCACUUAUGGAGGCAAUGCGCAGUCUAGGCGCGUUCGCGUUUGGGCUGUUUCUUACCACCUUGUACGGAAUGACAGCGCUAUUCUUACAGAACUAUGGGCUUUGGUACUGUCUGAUCACUACAGUUACCAUUGCCGGCUUCAUCGCAUUCGGCAUGGGCCUCUCAGUCCGUGUCCGUUGCAAUGUGAUGCUCAUGCUACCGAUGCUCUGCUCCAUGAAGGGACAAAAGGUGCUGUUAUUCCUGAUCUUUUCCCUGGUGGUCCAGGGGCCCAUAGCCAACACGUUGGAGAACUUUGACCGUGCCGCAGGCAGCGUGGCUUGCGGGGCUGAACUAGCCAUGAAUCAGACCCGCCAGCUGAUGGAGCGAGCUCGAGCACCGCUGCUUCCUGUGCUGAAUAAGAUAAAGCAGAUUACCAGGAACACCUAUGCAGUUGCGGGGAGGGUGCAGAACCUCGUAAAGGCCUUAACGGAGUCGGUGAGGCACGUGGCUCGUACCCUGAGGAACGUCCUCCACUUCCUGGUCAACAUCGGCGAGGUGUGCAAUGACAAGCUGGGUACCCCCUACAGGAAGUGCAACAUGUUAUUCGACGAGGCCCGUGACAACUGCAUGGAGCUCCUGUCUGUGUUCUCCUUCCUCUGUCAUGUGGUGGAUGGCUUUCGCCCCCUUUGUGGUCUUGCUCGGGUGCUACAGAUGUUCUGUAUAAUACCUGAAUAUAUAGCAAGUCAUAUGAAGACCAGAGUGGCUGCCUCAACUAUUGCUGCCUUUGAGCAGAUGAAGCAGGAGUUUGAGUUCAACAUCUCAGCCUCCAUACACUUCGACACACAACUCGACAGCAGCCAGUCUCUACAACAGGUGGCCCAGGGAAUCAUGGGAGAGGUCUCCGAGGACCUUAAUCGCAUCCAGGAGUUAAUGGGACUGCUGGGAUAUGUAGGCUUGUUCCUUCUACUGCUUAUGUACCUGCAGGCUGCCCUGUACAAAAGCAGGUUCCUCCACCAGGACGACUUUGACAACAUAUACAUCACCGAACAGUUUGUGCAGAUAGACCUUAUGAGAUCCAGACAAGGGAAACCAACUCUGCUGCCGCUCACUGACAAAGAGGCUGUCACCUACAUCAGCCCUUGUUCUCUGACCCUGACGGCCAGAGAGAGACAGGGAGCGGCCGUCAGCUCAGUGUCUGUUCUCAGGCACGUUGCCAUGGGCUGCCUGGUGGUGCUGCUGGACCUUGUUGUCUUCUGGGCAUUCGAUGUAGUGCACCACCUGGCCCAGGGGGAGAUUGUAGCCAGAGCCCCUAUUGUGGUUGCAGUUCAAGUGAAUGGUUCGGGCUACGCCUCAGAUAUCUUCAAGGAUCUUGUGGCCUCUUUUGAGGUCCUGCAGAAGGGCAAUAUCACUGUCCUGAGUAAAAAGUGCCUGAUGUUGCCCUCUGAGCCUGAUUACUAUGGCUUCCUCAUUAUAGGGUUCCUUUAUGGUCUCUCCUUCUUUGUUGCAAUGGCUGGUAGCUACAGCAACCGUUUACGGAGAUUGAUCUGCGCCAGUUACUAUCCAAAACGCGAACAGGAGAGGAUCCUCUUCCUGUACAACCGCAUUCUCAGCCAGCGUACCUCCCUGAGGAAGGCCUUGCUGAGGUCCGUGGCCCAGAGCAAGGCUGACGAGGUCCACGCCACCCUGCUGCAAAGGCUGGUGGCCUGCCUUCCUGCUCGGUCUUGCAUCGCAAAAUUCUUCAAGGCCCCUGAGGUUCACUGCAUGGCUUGUGGAAAGGCAGCGAAAGGGAGGGAGGACCCCAAUAUGUUCGCCUGCAUCACACCGCAGUGCAAAGGCCUGUUCUGCCACCUGUGCCUCCACAGCAUGGGCGGUGCGUGUGCCGUCUGCAUGGGGCCCAUGAUGUACCAGGAGGACUGCGAGGAGGAGCUGGACUCCAGUGAUGAUGAGCAGGUGGGCUUGUGGACUGCAGCCCUGAGGAACAUGGGGCACGGGACUCAGACCAGCAAAGCCAGGACGUUACUGAAGGGGCGGAUCAGGGAGGCUCUCAGGAGGAGGCCGCAGACCAAAAAUGGGAGGAGCCAGCAAGGAGCCAAUGAAAGAGUGAGGCUGGUGGACACGGAUGGAGCCAGUGAAACAAGCAGUGACAUCAGCACACAGAGCGACACUGACCACAGUGAGCCAGACAUGGUGUACCAGGACAGGUCAGCGCGGGACAGCUCUGACUCUGGCGACCACGACCCCCAGCCUUUUCUGGACAUUUGCGCUCGGAAAGCCCAGGAGAUUCAAGCGGAGACCAGCGGCUUUUCCACCUCGCCAGAAAGCAGUCUGUCCCAGGACGAGGAGCUGCGCGCCGUCACCAUCGACACCCCCCCCGGAGAAGCCCCCUGCCCAAAAGAAAACAUCACAAGAGCUUUGAUCAACCAGGCCUGACUGUGGGGGUACAAUGAUGGCAGUGUAGUUUAUGUGGCAAGAGGAAAAGGGUAUAAAACCAUAAAACACUGAAACAUUGAACCACUUUAUUCUUAAAUGUUCUGGGAAGUGUUAAAUAAAGCACAAAGUAUAGGCUUUUAGUACACUUUUUAGUAAAACAACACUUUAGUGACUGAAACAGACAUAGCUUGUAAGAAGAAUAAACUUCUCGAAAGUAAAAUAAGUUAAUGAAAUAUUGUUCAUAAACAGUCCAGUGCCUAUUUUUUGUUAGAUACUAGCCUUCUGCUUUUCUCCUACUCACUUACUCCAGAUGCAGUGAUUUAUAUACACAGUUGGUGGACUGCCAAGUGAAAAGAAGACGGGUAUUAUUUUUUAAUCCGGCUGAGGUGAAGAAUGAAAAUAAAUGCAGAGAAUAGUUUGUAAGUGCUGCAGUGUAUGGUUUCUGUAAAUUAACAUGUUAAGUACAAUAAAUUGAGAAAAGAAAACAUGAGAAAGACUCAAACUGGCUGAAACCUGAUAUUUGAUGUUUGUAAAUGAAAUAUAAUGUCCAUUCCCAAAAAGUCCUAAAAGGUUCUAGAUGUGUCUUGCAUAGUGCACGCCUAUGAGAAAGACUGAAGUGGAGAAAGUUUAAUUGUACUUGUUGGAGCCACUUGACCUGUUCUUGUAUUUCACAUGCUCACCAUAGAUACUGUACCACUGUACAGUUUCAAGGUAACAAUAGUUGUACACCUGUGUGUGAGGGGGGGAGUGUCUGAGCACAGAUUUCAAGCGUUUCAUGGAGUCACCAUUGGAGCACGUGUAUGCACACAUGAUAAAAUCUUUGAGACACUUUAUAGUUUAGAUUUGGACAUAGGGCACCACACGUUGUUGUUUUGUGUCAUUUAGCCAGUUAUAAGAAACCACCAGAACAGUAAACCUGGGACCGGACUCAAACUUGGUGAGUCGCAUGCAUCAAAUGGCUUUCAAUUAGGCAGCUUAGUUGACUUGUAGCCAGAUAGUGAAUCAGGAGAAGUCAUAGACAGUACUAUUUUCAAAAAAGAGGAAGAAAGCUACAGUCGUUAGAGUAGAGGUGAUCAUAAACAAACCUUAACUCCCCCCUGCAAUUAAUGCUUUUCCCACAUUCCUGUAUUUGACAUGAAAGGUGGAAAUCCAGACGCAUGUUUCCCAGAUGUGUGAGAGGACAUGGGGACUGGAGUCAAGAUGGUGACAGAAACUAGAGAAACCUCUCUCCCUCAUUAGUGAGCACUGCCACAUUUCUAAGGCUUUUUUGUGAAGUCUGCAAUAUAUGGAUAUAUUCAUAAACAGGAAUGACAUGCUAUUUCUGUACCUGGGCUUGUCAUGAACUCAGACUUUCUCUUAGAUCAUAAAAUGUCUGUUCCCAGCAGGAAGAUCAGUCAGCUACCAGAGCAGGCACCCCUCAAGGCCUUGUGCAUUUUAGAGUAUGAUGCAUGGCAUAGGGGUGUGGUUUUCAACCUGUCUUGACCCAUGUGUAAUGAUUAUUAAUCAAUUAUUGUGUUUUCUGAAAGAUAAAUAAACAAGGAUUAAUGCAUUCAAGUCCCACGAUUCUGAUGUACCCCAAGAAAGCACUAAUACUCCUCAUAUGUUGCAACUACACUGAAACAGCCAUCUGUUGCCUAUCCAUUGUAUUUCAUUAAAGCAUUUCCUGGAACAAUGCCAAACAUUG